GAUUCUGAAAUGAUUAGUUUGACUGAAGCUGAUUUCCUCCUGGCGCCCGGUUACCGCUGUAAGUCGCUGUUGCUGUGAUUGUCCUCUAGAUGGCAGUAGUACACAGCACACUGAUAGCGGAGGCGCUGGAGGAGAAGCUCAGAACAAGCAACAUUAAACUCGUGUUGAAGAUGAGAAGAAACAAAGAGGCUACACUUCAGCUUUUAUCAACUCUAGAGAGAUUAUUUAGCGAACACGACACAACUCCUGCCUUUCUUCAUUAUAUCCUGGCUCUUGACUGUCAAUUCUUCUGUGAAAGCGAUCAGGAAUAGCGGACCUUUACCGUGUUCAUAUGUAAACAGACCUGAUGGAGGACACACACCGUCAUGAGAAAAUGAGUGGACAAACUGACUCACUGAAGAGAAAAGACAAAGAACGUGUCACCUGCACUCAGUGUGGAAAGAGUCUAACAAACAAACAAAGUCUCAAGAGUCACAUGAUGAUCCACACUGGAGAGAAACCAUUCACAUGCACCCAGUGUGGGAAGAGUUUCAGAGAAUCAUCAAACCUUAAUAAUCACAUGAGGAUCCACACUGGAGAGAAACCGUUCACAUGUACUCAGUGUGGGAAAAGUUUCAGAGUAUCAUCAAACCUUAAAAAACACAUGAAAAUCCACACUGGAGAGAAAACACACAAAUGUGAUCAGUGUGGAAAAACAUUUUUAAGGGCUUCGCACCUGAAGAGCCACCUUAGAGUUCAUACAAAGGAGAAGCCUUAUCCAUGCUCUGUUUGUGGAAAAAAUUUUACACGUCAAGAAAGUUUAAGAAAUCAUCAGAAGAUCCACACCGGUGUGGGAGAGUACAGGUGCUUUGAGUGUAACAAGACCUUUUGUAGGGCUGAAAAUUUGAAAAUACAUGAGAGAAUUCACACUGGAGAGAAACCGUACAUUUGUUCACUGUGCAAUAAGAGUUUCAAUCAGUUUGCACAUAUGAAAACACAUGCGAGAGUUCACACUGGAGAGAAACCUUACAAGUGUUCAUACUGUGAGAAGAGAUUCACUGAUUCAGGAGAUCUAAGAAAACAUGUGAGGGUUCACACUGGAGAGAAACCCUACAAGUGUUCAGACUGUGACAAGAGAUUCAGUGAUUUAGGUAAUCUGAGAAAACAUGAGAGGAUUCACACGGGAGAGAAACCUUACAUUUGUUCACAUUGCGACAAGAGAUUCAGUGAUUUAGGAAACCUAAAAAAACAUGUGAGGAUUUACACUGGAGAGAAACCUUACAAGUGUUCGUACUGUGACAAGAGAUUCAGUGAUUCAGGAAAUCUGAGACAACAUGAAAGAGUUCACACUGGAGAGAAACCUUACAAGUGUUCACACUGUGAUAAGAGAUUUAGUGAUUCAGGAAAUCUGAGACAGCACGAGAAGAUUCACACUGGAGAGAAACCUUACAAGUGUUCACACUGCGACACAAGAUUCAGACAGUUAGGAGGCCUGAAAACACAUGAGAGGACUCACACCGGAGAGAAACCUUAAAGUGGUAGUCCACAGUGUUUUUUUAAAGCUGUAAUUGCGUUUAUGGGCUGCAAAAGAAUUUGUUCGUGAUUCAUUUGUAAAAAAAAAA